AUGGUAAGGGUAUCUACGCUUCCAUUUCGGCUAUUGGCGCUUAAAUAUGGCGCAAAAAAAGUAUUCACUCCCGAACUGAUAGAUAAAGCCAUAAUUUCCAGCGUGAAAAUGGUUGAUCCAGAGACCGGAGUAAUUUCGUUUGUCUCUCCCGACCGCAAUACUUUGAUAUGGUCUACGCAUCCUUCGGAAAAGGAUUUCCUUGUUUUCCAACUAGGCAGUUCGGAUCCUCAGCUCGCCGUGAAGGCUUUCAAAGUUGUCAAGGAAUACAUUUCCGAAAUCAAUUUGAACGCCGGGUGUCCAAAGUUUUUUUCAAUCCAAGCCGGCAUGGGGGCUGCUUUGUUGCGAAAACCGGAUCUUCUUGCUUCGAUUUUAAAUGCGCUUGGCGAGGAAUGUAUUGCAGAUCCAGAGAAAAAGGUGCCUCUUUCAGUAAAACUCCGCCUGGUUACAUCUUCUUGCUGCAAUGGCGAUCACGAUGCCCAGGUUGCACAUGAUGUGCACCCUUCAAAAAAGGAGAAAAUCAGCUUGGAAGAACUUAAAGAUGUAGCCGAAAGUUCUUCCAAACUCUUUUCUUUUUUGGCUACUAGGUGUCCAAACCUGGACUAUGUGAUUGUGCAUUCCAGAAGGAUUUCAGAUAGGACAGAAAAAACACCUGCCUUUUGGGAUGUUUGGGAUCAUCUCCUUGAAUCAGCUAAAUUGCAUCUGGUUGCUAAUGGAGACUUUUUGUCGCCUUGUGAAAUCCAAGCCUUUUGGGAGAAAUACAACAAAUAUCCGGCAUUGAAGGGCCUGCUGAUAGCAAGAGGAGCUCAAAGCAAUCCCUCAAUUUUUUUGCCUUUUUCUAAAACGCCUUCUGAGCUGGUGGAUGUUUUUGACAUUUGCAAGAUGUUUAUCCCACUAGCAAGAACAUACACGCCGAUGUCAUUUACUCACAUCAAAUACACGGUUUUACAUAUGCUUCCUAAGCCCAUUGAACGCUAUCAAAUCGGGUGUCUUGUUUUACAUGCAACUUCGUGGCAAGCUCUCUUAUCGGCCUUUAAUCUGUAA